AGGCUAUCAAACUAUUCAGACAAAAUGAGUAGUGCGGUAGCUGCUGCAGUCCAUUAGCUGAAGGGAAGGAGAGUGGAGGAGCAGUGGAAGAGCUCCGUGAGAGGCAGCAGAAGCAGGAGGAGGAGGAGGAGGAGGAGAUAAAGAAGGAGAAGAAGAAGAUGGUGAUGCGAAAGGGACCCUGGACCGAGCAGGAGGACCUGCAACUGGUGGGCAGAUUACUUUGGCGACGGUGGGUGGACGAAGCUACCUGCUUAACCCCGCCUCUCCUUUCAUCUGUUGUUGUUGUAGGUCUCAACAGAACAGGCAAGAGCUGCAGGUUGCGCUGGGUUAACUAUCUCCACCCCGGCCUCAAACGCGGCCGCAUGUCCCCCCAGGAAGAGCGCCUCGUCCUCGACCUCCACUCUCGCUGGGGCAACAGGUGGUCUCGAAUUGCCCGACGAUUGCCGGGCCGCACAGAUAAUGAGAUCAAGAACUACUGGAGAACUCACAUGAGAAAGAAGGCGCAGGAACGCAAGAAAAAGGCGUCUCCUUCAUCGUCUUCGUCGUCCUCGGUCACCGACAACUUCGCCGCCGACUGUCAACCCCCAUCGGAAGUUGCGGCUGUGAACGCCCAUGAGCUUAACAGCAGCAGUAGCUGCAGCAGCUUAACUGCGGCGUUGGGAGAGAUUGAUGAUGCCGCUGUCAGUGGCUACCCCAUGGAUCAAAUCUGGAAUGAGAUCGCUGCACCUGACAUGAUCGGUGAGCUGAGCUUCGAGGAGUGCAAGGACGAAGCUUGCGAUAUUUCGCGCCUCACAAUGCCUUCUCCUACCUGGGAGUACUGCUCUUACUCUCUGUGGAAGAUAGAUGAUGAUGACUUCCAAGCAUAAUAGAUAAUUACCUUAGCAGACGACUUCCCAUCGCGUUGGAGAGCCCUCUAAAUUGGACCUAUAAGUCCCCGAUCUCUUUGUAUCCAUGUUACUGAGGUGAAAUGCUUUAGGAGAAUCCUGUCUCAGCAAUGAAGCAUUUCUACUGUAAAAUUGUUGGUCUUUGAUAGAGACCUUUCGUCUGUGUGAUCAAAGUUCAUGUUGUUGUGAGGAUUACUGUAAAAACUCCUGCUUAUUUGUCUCUGUAGGAAAUGUAAACAGUUUGUGGCAUCUGUAUGAUACAUGUUCAGAGUUUCCUUC